ACUAAGAAGUGCAUCGGUAGUGGCGUUUUUACGGAGAAAGUUGAUUGGUUCAAAGCUAUGAAUAUGGCAAUAGUAGGGAUAAGGCUGCGUGAAAGAGGGGGAAUUGGUGCAGUUACUGCUAUUGCAUAUAUAGUUACACUGUCAGUUGGUAAACGUAUGUCGUAUUGUAUACGUCUGCUGUUGAAACCGCGUUAAAAGGAAAGUGAGCGCGUGCGUUGCUCGUUUCGUGAGCUUAUAAGCUCCUUAACAGGCCACGCGUUCCUUUCUAUAUGCCAUCUCGUGUGUUCAUCUUUUCGUUUGUCAAAGGAUUCAGGAUCCUGAUGUGUAUCUGAUAUAAGUAUAAUGUGGUGAAGUGAAACGUUUCCUGGGCGCGGCGACUCCGGCAGAAGGAAGGAAGAAAAGCCUAAUAAGCCUGACCGGCAUGUGCACACAGUUCUGCCGCGGUACUGUCAUUUUGGCGAUGUUCCUCUGCCGGAUUUGCUCCGCCGAGGAACAGCCGGGUUCCUUCAGUGGACCCGGUCUCCUAGAAUCUUGCAAUAUUACUGCCGACGGAAAGGAGAUUUCUUGCCGCGGAGCUGGUUUUUUGUCCAUCUUGGAGCCUCUCGAUAUCAUUACACUUCCAUCCAUCGUCAAUCUUACGAAACUAGAUUUAACGAGUAACAACAUAACAGACAUUCCAGCCCGUGCCUUCAACCGAAUUUUCAAUCUUGAAGUGUUAUUACUUCGACGAAAUCGUUUGCAUACGAUCGCCGAUGAUGCAUUUACAAACUUAACGAGCCUUCGAGUAUUGGAGCUCGAUGACAAUUAUUUAACAAAAAUUCCAACCGCGAUCGUAAAGCUCUCUGGCCUUGAAGACCUGUCGCUGUCGAACAACCGGAUCGAAACUUUGGAGGAGCAUGUUUUUCGACGUGUCAGUAAUCUAUUGUCGCUUGACCUACGCGGAAAUCCUAUCAAAGAAAUACACGGGAACACUUUUCAUAAUCUAUGCAAGCUUCGUAAACUGAUCCUGUCGAAUCUAAAAGAACUACAGAUAUUUCCUAAUUUGAAUGGGACAAAAUCAUUGGAAGUAUUGAGAUUAGAUCGCGCACAAGUGACGAAUGUUCCAAAAAAUUUAUGCGAGCAAUGUCCAAAAUUGAAAAGUUUUGAUAUGAAAUCAAAUUUUCUAACAGAGGUGCCAAAUUUACGAAAUUGCAGCGAGUUACGAGUUUUAAAUCUGGCCAGUAACAUGAUUCUGUCGUUUCCAAAUGAGCCAUUCAAAGGUCUGGACAUGUUGCACGACCUCCUUCUAUCGGACAACAAGUUGCAAGUAAUCCCAGGUGACGCGUUCACCGGCUUGUCGAGGCUACAAGUGUUGGAUCUAGAGAGCAAUUAUAUCAAGUAUAUCCACCCUAACGCAUUUAAAGAGACGAAACAUUUGGAGGAUUUAAAUCUUGGGAAUAACGUGUUUCCCGUACUGCCAACACUAGGGCUAUCAGGCCUAUUACAUCUUAAGACAUUCAACAAUCCAGCAUUGAGGGAAUUUCCAGCUCCCGAAAGGUUUCCACGUGUGCAAACGAUGGUAUUAUCGUACGCUUAUCACUGCUGCUCGUUUCUAUCGGUCGAAGUGGAGGAUCCGGUGACGAAAUCCUCCGUUCGAGAAUCUAUCCUAUUCCCCACUGACAAUGAUUUUGAUAUGAGCUUGUGGAACUCGAGUUUCACUGAUAUCUGGCCACAGCUCAAUUUUACAUACCCUGGUAACCUGCCCUCAUAUGUUGAGGAUUAUUUUGAAGAGCAGAACAACCGAGUUACACUGCCAGUUCAAACACUACCUUCUCACGUACAGUGCCUACCUCAACCUGGUCCUUUUCUACCGUGCCAAGAUCUAUUCGAUUGGUGGACAUUACGUUGUGGUGUAUGGGUAGUAUUUCUACUUGCCAUGCUUGGAAAUGGAACCGUAGUAUUCGUGUUAAUAUUCUCCAGAAGCAAGAUGGAUGUUCCUCGGUUUCUUGUUUGCAACCUUGCUGCAGCAGAUUUUUUCAUGGGCAUUUAUUUAGGUCUACUAGCAGUGGUGGACGCUUCGACUCUAGGAGAAUUCCGAAUGUACGCCAUACCGUGGCAAACUUCGGCUGGUUGUCAGUUAGCCGGUUUUCUAGGCGUUCUCAGUUCGGAGUUGAGCGUAUAUACGUUAGCAGUAAUUACUUUAGAACGGAACUACGCCAUAACGCAUGCCAUGCAUCUGAACAAAAGACUUUCCCUUAAGCAUGCAGGUUACAUAAUGACCGUAGGCUGGUGUUUCGCAUUGUCUAUGGCAAGUCUGCCUCUGAUCGGUGUAUCAGAUUAUAGAAAAUUUGCUAUAUGCCUACCAUUCGAGACUAACGGGAACGCUGCGCUAGCAUACGUGAUCUUUUUGAUGUUGAUCAACGGUGUCGCAUUUCUUAUAUUAAUGGGAUGCUAUCUGAAGAUGUACUGCGCGAUUAGAGGGUCCCAAGCGUGGAAUUCGAAUGAUUCGCGAAUCGCCAAGCGGAUGGCUCUGCUGGUGUUCACCGAUUUCCUCUGCUGGUCCCCCAUAGCGUUCUUCUCGCUGACUGCCACGUUUGGAUUGCAGCUGGUAUCGCUUGAACAGGCAAAAGUGUUUGCCGUGUUCGUACUGCCAUUAAACUCCUGCUGCAAUCCAUUUCUGUACGCCAUCUUGACCAAGCAGUUUAAAAAAGAUUGCGUACUUAUUUGCAAGGCGAUCGAGGAGUCCAGGGUGACCAGGGGGAUCGGCAGAUGCCGGCAUAGCUCGAAUUUCAGCAACAGACAGACCCCGGUAAACACGAACAGUUUGGUGGACAGAUCGUCGCGAGAGAAUCAGACACCCUGUGCAUGUAAUUCAAGAUUACUCGAGACUAGCCAAUGUUCCGGUUACCGACGAUGGGGCACCAGGAUAUUGUGGCCCUGCGCCAGAGACACGAGGCCCAGGCACGCGCGUAGCGAUCAAUACGCAUAUCAAAUCGCGGAGAUCCAACAGAAACAACACAAACGAGCCUCAUCGGUAUCCUCGAGUGAAAAUUUCUCCUCGUCCAGAUCAGAUUCCUGGAGACAGACUCAUCAUUGCGGUAUCCCAUUAAGAUUGUUAGAUCCUAAACGGAGAGCUUCUUCGUGGCUGAUCACUAGAAAACCGUCUCAAGAUUCGAAUCUCAGCUCUUCCAGAAAUGAUUCUUCCGGUUCCGCCACCACUGCUAGCACUAGUACUUGGAGGAUUUCGAGGUCUAGCGCGUCCCUUGAGGUAACUGCCAGAAAUACACCGAGACCAGCCAGGUCGAAACCAAGGCUCACACGUCAGCUCGCAAUUCAAGAGCCUGAACCGCCUGGAUCGCCAAGUAGAUUAGCUGCCAGACUCCUCGCAACUAUACCCUCCGCGGCAGAAACCAGUGAUCAGCAAGAUGACGAUAAUACAGCGCAGUGUUAAAUUGAUUUCACGCAUAUAUAUGCGUAUCGGUUUAUCAGAGAUUAUAUUCGGUUAUAAUAUGAUAGAUUAUAAAUAUGGAUCUCGUUGCUUCCGAAUGGUUUCAGUAUUAAGUGUCUUCUGACAAUGAGAGAGGUGUGAAAGAAGGAGGAGAUUAAAUACUCUGUAUAUUGGCGAUAAUCAUUGUUUAAGAUUAGGUGAACGAAAAAACGAUGAAAAUAUUCUUCUUUCAACGUUUGCAAACAUUUGUGAUUAAAGUUGAUUGUAAUAUAUAUGAUAUUGUUUAAAAAUAUCAUACUUUUAUUUUUUUUUUUUCUGAAUUGUUUUUAAGUAAAGGAGUUUAUAAGACGUUGAAGGAGGAAGAGUAAAAAAAACUCUACUACUUUUAUUCUACAAUAUUAUUCAAUUAUUUAUGCUAUUAAUAAUUAAAAGUGCAAACGAUAUUGUAGAUCGUUUGGAUUCGUGGAAGAAACAAAAUUGAUCUACCUUUAUUGACCGUCCGUUACACAUGCAUAUAGAUAAACUGCAUUAAAAGAGG